GUUUGCUUCUCCUGUAACUUGCUAAUAUUAGCCCGAUUUCCCUGCAUCUGUUUCUCUAUCUCUCACGAAAGCUCGUUUCUUUUCUUAUUCAACGGCAACUGAAACAGAAGAAGAACCCUAGUCAACAGCAACCGACGCUGAACUGUCCCAGUCAAACUCGCCAAACGCCUCUCCCUCUUUCUUUUCUAACCUGAACGGUUCGCUACUCAAUUGGGUUUCCGCCGCUUGCUAUUGGGUCCUGAAGAAACAGUAGAACAGAGCCUGAGAGUAAACGGAGGAGUUUCUUCCUUAGAUUCCGGGUUGUAGAAAGAUUUGGUGGGAACAGACAUGUGAAGAAGAUGGAGGGGACAAAAGGGUAUCUUGUGAAUGGUGGGGAGAAUAGUAAUGGGAGCUCUAGCAAUGGCAUUCAUAGGCUAUCUUCUCCCAGCCUCCCUCCACCUCCGCCGCCAUCGUCGUACCGGCAGCGUUUCGUCAAUGCUGGUGUGCCCGUGUCUUGUAAGAGGACUCUGGUUUGCCAUCCGUCUCUUGUGAAGACAUCUGCAUUUGACAUCUCUGUGGAAUCUGAAGUUAGCAUACGAACCCACCUCCCUGAUUAUACUCCUAUUGUCCGCUCGAGAGCUUUUUCGGAUAUUGGCUUUCGCUCAAGAAUGGAGGACGUCUAUGCAUGUAUUGAUGAUUUUACAAUUGAUAAUGGUCUCAGACAUGAUAUUGAUGGGCCUAACGCUUUCUAUGUGGUGUUUGAUGGGCAUGGAGGGAAACACGCUGCAGAUUUUGCAUGCCACCAUUUGCCGAGAUUCAUCAUUGAGGAUGAAGACUUUCCUAGAGUUAUAGAAAGGGUCAUUGCAUCUGCUUUUCAGCAGACUGAUAGUGCUUUUGCAGAGGCGUGCUUGCUUGAUGCUGGUCUUGCUUAUGGUACCACUGCUUUGGUUGCUUUAGUUAUGGGAAGGUUAUUGGUGGUGGCAAAUGCUGGAGAAUGCCGGGCAGUGCUUUCUCGGCGUGGCAAAGCAGUUGAGAUGUCUCGCGAUCACAAGCCAGGCUGCACCAUAGAACAGAAACGCAUCGAUGCAUCUGGAGGAUCUGUUGAUGAUGGCUACCUAAAUGGACAGCUCAAUGUUGCUCGGGCAAUAGGAGAUUGGCACAUGGAAGGGCUGAAAGCCCUGGAAGGUGGUCCGCUUAGUGCCGAGCCUGAGCUAAUAACCACAGAGCUGACAGAAGAUGAUGAAUUCCUCAUCAUAGCAUGUGAUGGAAUAUGGGAUGUGUUCGGGAGCCAAAAUGCAGUAGACUUUGCCCGACGGAGGCUUCAGGAGCACAAUGAUCCGGUUGUCUGUAGCAAAGAUUUGGUUGAUGAAGCCCUAAAGAGGAAGAGUGGGGACAAUCUAUCUGCUGUUGUUGUUUGCUUUCAGUCUGGGCCACCCCCAAACUUGGUUGCCCCACGUUCUAGGGUGCAGAGGAGCUUCUCUGCCGAGGGCUUGAGGGAGCUGCAGAGCUUCUUGGACGACUUGGCCAAUUGAGAUGAUGAUGACGACUGGUUCCCUGUUGUUUUACCGGUUCCAUUUUCCUAGUAGAGUCCACUAAUUUGAAUUUAUUAGGUUUAAUUUUAGCCUUUUAGGUAUUGAUGAGUCAAUCCCAACUGUAACAUAUGUGGCUGCAAGGUGGUGGUAAUUUUCUUCAUAAUCUGUUCUCCCUCGUUGAAGUAGGCAAGGCAUAUGCCUUGACGUUGGAACUAUUUAUUCCAUGGUGAUCAAGCAAUCCUGAUAACGAGAAGGACACCGAUGACUUUUAAGUCUGGUGGAUGGCGCAGCGGCAUUAGGAUGUGACGUCUUAGCAUCUGUACCAUGUCUUGACUUUUUGUUUCUCAUCGUUUAACUUGUUCAGCAAGGAAGUUUGUGUACUGUCUGGUAGCAUGGUGUAGGGGUCAAGUUCCUUCAUAUUUGUUAACAGGUCAUUCAUAAUAUAUAAGAAAUGGAUUUUCAACAGAGAGAAUUGCAG